AUGGCUUUCAACCGCCCCGGCAUCGCUUCAAUGUCGCUUGGUCGGCCCUGGGUACACGAUCUACCCGGCAAGUUGAUGCAAGCCGCAGCCUAUGGCUUCGAGGGCAUUGAACUCUUCUUCGACGACCUAGAUUGUUAUGCACAGCGGGUAUUCGGCGGUGAUCACCACGAAGCCGCUCGGUCAACACGGCGGAUGUGCAAGCGCCUGGGCUUAACAAUUAUCUGUCUGCAACCAUUUUCCUUCUAUGAGGGACUCAUCGACCGCGCCGAGUCAGACCGGCUCAUCAAUGAGAAGCUCCCCAAAUGGUUCACCCUGGCACGGGCGCUGGGCACAGACAUGAUCCAAGUUCCGUCGAACUUCCUGGGUCCAGACCCGAAGACUGGUGCUGCUCGCACCACUGGUGACCGCACUGUGAUUGUUCGUGAUCUUCAGCGCCUGGCUGACUUGGGCGCCGGCGCGGGGUUCCGGUUUGUUUACGAGGCUCUCUGCUGGGGUGAUCAUAUUGAUACCUGGGAGGCCUCGUGGGAAGUGGUCCGCGAUGUCAACCGUCGCAACUUUGGUCUCUGUCUUGACUCCUUCAAUAUUGCCGGUCGUGUAUAUGCCGACCCUGCUGCACCCUCAGGUCGCACACCCAAUGCGGCUGAAGACUUGGCUGCUUCGUUGCAACGUCUGCGCACUGCCAACAUCGAUCCGGCCAAGAUUUUCUAUGUCCAGCUUGUUGACGGUGAACGUCUUUCUGCCCCGCUGGAUGAAAACCAUCCUUUCCAUGUUGCUGGACAGCCUGUCCGCAUGAAUUGGUCCCGCAACGCCCGUCUAUUUCCCCUUGAGGAGUCUCGUGGUGGCUAUCUGCCAAUUGUGGAUAUCGCUCGCGUCUUCUUUGAGGAUAUCGGUUUCCGCGGCUGGGUUUCUCUUGAACUCUUUAGCCGAACUCUCGGCGAGACCGACCCGUUUGUUCCUGCCGACCAUGCUGGUCGCGGUAUUGAGUCAUAUAACAAAAUGGCUCGUAUCUUGAACUGGGAUGAAUCUGCUGAAAACAUCUCGGUGCCAAUCCAAGCGCCCGAGUUACCUGUUCAACACCGCCUCUAG